AUGGGGGGAUACCCAGGAGAAAGGCGAAUGGUUGAAGAACAUGAGGGGACAACCAUCACAACCUUUCUUGUCGGUCUCAACCCACCUGGCGGCAUUGCCCCAGUUCUGGCCAAUGGAUACGUCCUGUGUCCACAAAACGGAGAACCAGUAUAUGCAGUUGCGUUAUUUGUUGAUAAGCAUGGAUUUGUCAAAGAAAGGCUAAUAGAUGUUGUUCAUGUCAAAGAUACUACUUCUGCUACUCUAAAACAAGAGAUUUGUUAUGUAUUAUCUCAUCACAAUCUCAACAUUCAAAAUGUUCGAGGUCAAGGGUAUGACGGAACUAGUAAUAUGCGUGGAGAAUGGAAAGGGUUACAAGCUUUAAUUAUUCAAGAAUGUCCUUAUGCAUAUUAUGUUCAUUGCUUUGCUCAUCAAUUACAGCUAGCUCUUGUUGCCGCGGCUAAAGAAGUUGUUGAUGUUCAUGCUUUUUUCCAAAGUUUGAGUAAUAUUAUCAAUGUUGUGUGCUCUUCUUGCAAACGCAAUGAUGAAUUACGAUCUGCUUAUGCAACUAAAAUUUUUCAUUUAGUUGCAACUAAUCAAAUUGAAACAGGAAGAGGAGCAAAUCAAAUUGGCACAUUAAAAAGAUCAGGAGAUACUAGGUGGAGCUCUCACUUCAACUCAAUUUGUAGCCUUUUACGUAUGUUUGGAGCAACAACUUCAGUUCUGGAAGAUUUGGCUACUAAUGAAUCUACAUAUUCUCAACGUGGUGAUGCUACUUAUGCUCUUAAAUCUUUAUUAUCAUUUGAUUUUGUUUUCAUUUUGCAUAUGAUGAAAGAAAUCAUGGGAAUCACUGAUAAACUUUGUCAAGCAUUGCAACAAAAAUCUCAAGACAUUUUGAAUGCUAUGCAUCUGAUACCUGAUAUGGGUGCUUCUUUUAGUGACAUAAUUCGGUCUCGUCGUAAAAAGGAUGUUGUCACUAUUGAACACCAUUAUCGUGUUGACAUUUUUACUAGCGUGAUAGAUUUUCAAUUGAAAGAGCUAAAUAGUAGAUUUAGUGAGCAAGCAACCGAGUUCCUCAUAUUGAGUACAUCUUUAGAUCCUAAAGAUGCUUUCAAGUUAUUUAGUGUUUGCAACAUAUGCAAUCUUGCAAAGAAUUUCUAUUCUUUAGAUUUUUCUGAGCAAGAAAAGAUUCAAUUGGAUUAUGAGUUACAACAUUAUGAACUUGAUGUGGUUAAAGCUCCAGAUUUUCAGAAUUUGUCUACUCUUGCUGAAUUGUAUCAAAAAUUGACAGAGACAGGAAAAUCAAAUAUAUAUCCUUUAAUUGAUAGAUUAAUUCGUCUUGUUUUGACUCUUCCUGUGACAACAGCAACAAUUGAACGGGCCUUUUCAGCUAUGAAGAUUAUUAAAACAAGGCUUCGAAACAAGAUGGAAGAUGAAUUUUUAGCAGAUUGUAUGAUUGUGAAAGGGGACGCACAAAGAGGAGCCCGACGUGCGUGGAGAAGAAAACCGCAGAGGGAGAAGAGGAGAGAAGGGAGUUGUGUCGGACUGCCGCAUGUGAGGAGUGCCUCUGUUGGAACCACCGCCGUCACUGCCAGCUUCCACCUCCAUCGUGGUUGGUUAUGGAUGAGAGUGGAGGAAGCUGCCUCUGCUAUCGGAGAACGUUCUGCCGUUGAUCCACCAGAGCUUCUCACACUACCAGAGCUGCUGCCAAGAAUCUGCUGCUGGAGAACGCCUCUGCUGCCACAGAGUUCCACCACCGAUGGUUGCCUGUUUGAUUGGGAUAAUGUCUGCUUUGAUAAAUUAGAGAUUUCUGGAUUUGGUUGA